AUGCCGCUGGCACCAUGGAAGAAGAAAAACAAAUCGACAAAGGAACAUUUAGUGGAAAACGAGGAGGUUAGUGGCGGACACGCAGGUGCCGGGAGCCUGGCUAAAGCCGCCGUGAACGGUGCAGGGCUCCCGCCUCCACCUGCCAACCUGCGGCCCAAACUGGUCUUCCACACGCAGCUCGCUCACGGAAGUCCCACCGGCAGGAUCGAGGGAUUCUCCAACGUAAAGGAGUUAUAUGGGAAAAUAGCAGACGCGUUUAAUAUACUUCCACAUGAGGUAAGAAGAGCUCACCUGUAGUAGAAGUGAUCAGUGAUUUAGUGUUGCGUUCAAGUGUUAAAACUCCUACAUAUUCUCACAGAGACUUUUGUUUCUUGUAUAAAAUCUCAUUACACCACAGUGAACUUAACAAAUAGAAACCUUUUAUUUUAGGCUGAGGACUAUUUUGGGAUUAUUAUAAACUUAAAGGCUUAAAAAAUGGCACAAAGAACCUCAAAAAUGCCUGGCUGAGGCUCCUGUCCCCUUUCAAGCCUCUAUGAGUAGUCAGCACUUCCAGCCAUUAUUACAUUUGCCCUUUAAACCCCUCAGGUGGUUUCAUUCAGAUAACUGAGGUCUUAAAGAUCAAAUUAAAACCCUUUUUCCCCUCUAAAGAAAAUGUAAGAUUACACAGAAGUCAAACUGAUGUGUGUAGCUUUGUUUAGUAAACCUUGACACUCUUCUUUCUUACAUUAUUAAACUGAAUCGGCUUAUUUUCAUUUUCAUUGCUUCAGUGUAGUUAGACUAAACCAACACAGUUAACAAUCACAACCAUCACAUCCAACAUGUGGCCUACAGAAGAGGCCUUCAGGCACAAUAUUUCAUUUUUACAGAUAUUUCACAGCUGCUACCAAUACCAAUAUUGAUGCCAAUAUCUAUCUAUCUAUCUAUCUAUCUGUCUAUCUAUCUAUCUAUCUAUCUAUCUAUCUAUCUAUCUAUCUAUCUAUCUUGUAAAGAAUAGUCUCUCCCAUCCUAGAAAUUACCUAUAAGUCUUAUUUUGUCUGUUCAUUAGAAAUAAACAUAAAACAAUAACUUUCAUGAACUUUUUAAUCCGUUAUCUUCUUAUACCGAUAUUAUGUCAAUAAUGUCACGUAUCCUAUAAAUUGGAAACCACUGGAUUAAACCUUGAAUUAUAAAAACAUUUAAAACUAGCUAUUAAUGUUGUAAUAUUAAAUAGGAUAUAAAUACAUCUGUUUGGUUGGACCAUCUGGUUGGUUGCACCAUUUUUCUCCAUAUGAAGUACUUUAAGUUUUGAUAUAAGUGUAAAUUUAAGCUGAUAACACUCAAAUAUCUCUAUACUUCAACUAGUUUCAGAUUAAUUUUACCCUGUAGAGAUGCUUCUUACACCAAAAUAAAUGAUCAUGAACCACUCGUCCAUGCAGACAACGUAAAUACUGCAGUAAAAGUUGAAGUAAACAGUUUUAUAAGCAGCUUCCUUCAGAGAUUAGCCGUGUGUAGCCAUUAAACGUCAACUUUGAUUGUCUUGUGUCAAAGCGAGUCGGUGUUUGUAAAGGCACGCCCUGCCAACUCUCUACCAGCCUGCAUACCUUCAAUCCAGGAUUAAAGGAGAUCUUUGACUUAACUCCAUUGGAUACCGGCAAAUUACUUUCACCUUUAAGGCCCAUCUGGCACCGUCAGGAGUAAAAUCUGCAUGUUUGUGUGCUGAUGACCUGGAAACAAACAGUUUCUGUGUCCUCCUCUCAGCCCAGACUGCGUAAGCUUUCCUUUUCAAAGGCAAGUGUGAGUGGCAUGUCUGUCUUUUGUCAGUCAAAGUAUGAGUAGAUAGGCCGGCGGGGCAGCCUGUUAUCAGCCUGGAGUGCUGUAAGAGCUCGAGACGGAUGCUUCCUAUCAUUUCUGGAGCCCCAUCAUUCAACAAGUAUAUCUGUGUCAGAAGCGUUGGUGCUGAGUGACGCACACAAUACAAGGCUUUAAAUAUCACAAAUAAGUGAUCAGUAAAGGGCUGCUUUCUUCAAAAUAGCUGCCUUCUCUCUGAUUUGAUAUCAGAAAAAUCACUCAAGUCUGCUGUGGUUUAAGUCUCUGAACCACCAGACAAUUUGGUAUUUGUCUCAUCACGUCUUAUUAAUUACAUUCAGGGCAGAUCAGUAUCUGUCUAGACUUGUUUAAGUACAGAAACAGCCUCACCGUCUGUUCUUUUCAUAAAAAACAAGCUCAGUACAACUCAGGAGUUAAAGAGAUUUGGAAUUUUAGCUGAUUUUCAGCAGUGUGCAUUGGCUGACCUGAUUUUGACCUCUGUUUUUGAAAGCACAAAUCUUUUCACCCUAUUUUGUGAAAAAUAUUGAUCUUGCACCAGCUCUUGAAAUUCUGUUUUGUAGCAGAUCUUGACCUCUGGCGCCCCUGAAGGGAGGAAAAUCGAGGAUCAGUACUAGUGGGUUUAAAAGAGAACCAGAUCAGUGUUUAUUUUUGUAUUUGCCACUUGGUGAAGAAAACGUACGCUGGUGAAAUCAUGCCUAAAAGCUUGUCAGUGGGUAGCAAGAGCAAAAUAACAACCCAAACGGCAGUGCAUCAGUCUGUUCUGUUAAGCAGUUAUCUCACAUUGGGUUUCUUUCAUGUAGCUACAUCUGAGGAUACUGGCCUUUUCAGAAAUGUUUCACAGAUACUAUCACAAGAGAAAGACACUGAGCGAGACAGACAAGAAGAGGGCAGAGUAAAACGCGGUAGUGUUAGUCGUUCAGCUCUGCCAUUUUUACCGCAGGAAGUCCCUCACGUCCUGCUCAGUGGGCAUAGCCUCAAAUUUAAACAGAUAACUCGUCCCAGCCUCCGCCAGACAGAGUCCCAGAGGACCCAGCACAGCGGCUCUGCCCAGGGCCUCCUCCCUCCAUAAACAUCGGCAAACCUCACUGUGAUGGUAGAGCCCAUGUUGACUGAACAUGACGUGUAGCACACAGAACAAAAGAUAUCAGUACGGCGAGAUUAAAGCCUUUGUAUCUCCUGUUAAACAUCACUAUCCUGGAAUAAUAAAGGAGCCUGAUCUUUAAUGGGAACCUGAGAUAAAUGUUUUACUACUGGGGUUGAUAAAGCGAUGUUUACCUAGUGCUUUCUAAAUUAACUUGUCUUAAAAUAGAGCUUGCAUUGCUGUACAUUUUAUACCAGUGGAGUCUAUGAGAUUAAUAUGAAACUCUACAUUUAUAUCCUACUUUUUCAUUUUGUUUUGUAGAUAUUUAAAUGAAAAAAAGGACAUGAACAGACAGAAGAGUUCACACCUCACUGAAUGUUAUCCCGAGGAAGAUUUCUUGCCUAGUGUUACUGUAGUGUGCUCAAAUAAUGAGGCCUGUCUGUCACUUUAUAAAGCAUCAUUGUUGUAUAGGUGGGUGGAAAGAUGAUGAGUACAAACAGGCCUUCCUCUUCAGAAAAAUACUCUGUUUCUUAUUUAUGGCUGAAUGUAGAAAAUCAUGUUUCAAAAAGCAAAUAAGUGAUGGAUAAUCAGAGAGGCUGAUCUGCAGAAAGGCUUUCAAGUUAAUUUGAAGUAUUUUAGACACAUAUUGUACUGAUUUCAAUACGAGAACAGUCCAAUUAACACACUGAGAUUGAUGCCAAUUUCAGAUUCUUGUCAUUUCUUACCAUUCAAUGUCAUUUGUAGAUUUCAGACAGUUUUGCAAGAUUAUAAACUGUGAGUAUUUGAGUGAAAGGACCAGCACUCAACUUGUCUUCUUUGCAAACUGUCGAACACAGUCUGCUCUGAGAAUGUGCUGAAAAGAAGAUUUCUAGCUGAGCAUCAGGCAUAUUUUAAAUUUCUGAGCUGCUUCUGCUCUUGUACAGACUCGAGUUUUUAUCACUAACACCUGAUAAAAAGAAGCAGAAACUUUCGUAUCAAGGUAACUGCUUUAAUUUGGAAGAGCCUAGGGUGGAAAACUGCUGUUUUUCAGAACUCAAACUAUUUAUUACCCCCAAAUACCUGCAUGUUAAUGUGAAAAAUAAGUGUAGUUUGUGUCUGCAGAGCUGAAGGCUCUAAAUCUCUUGUGUUUUUGUGACAGUCACAUGUGGGUAAAGGGUCGGGGUUUUUGUUAGACAUUUAAAUUGAUUACAGUAAGACACUAACUAUGAUUAUAGAAAGAUGCUACAUGUAAUCACAUGUCACACUAAAAUAGUUACAUUAAGACUCUUAAAAUGAUAACCAGUUAGAUACUCAGAGUGGUUAUUUUCAGGUUCUUAUUUAGACAUUAAAAUAUUUACAUUUCUAUUUAUUUAUUUGUAAAAAUAGGAACAGUACAUAUUGAUCAAGUGCACAAGUGAGAAAUUACAUUGAAUUGCACGAUGCCCAUAGCACACAAUUGCACUAGCAGAUGUACAUAAUGUACAUAAAUGUAUUAUAUAUACCCUUUAGUAACAAAUUUGCAUGCAUAAGUGAGAAUAUGUACGCCAGAACAAAUUAAGAGUGGUACCCCAAAGCAAUUAGCCAAUUAGACAUGGUGUCUUAAUGCAGUCUUUGGGAAUUUAAUGUACCAGGCAGUGUCAUCACAAAAAAACAUUGAACUCAAAAAUGUGGUCUCAAUAAUGCGGUCCUGAUUCUGCAGCCUCCAGGUCUGCAGACAGAUGCUUUCAAAAAUAGAAAUAUGUCCUACUGUCACGGUGCAAGGUUGAUAAUUGAAAAAGGACCCAAAAUGCAGGACGACAAAAAUGAUUUAUACCUAAUAAAAGAACUAAAAGAAAAGCAUCAAAACUUACUUUAAAUGCCCAACUCAAAAAUCCAAGAAACACAAAUGGCAAAAUGGGGAACAGAAACACGAGGAAAAAUCACAAAGAAAAUACUCUCAAAAUACCAAAACCAGGGGAAAACUAAAUACCAGAACAUAUAUCAUGACACCUACUCCACUUUUUAUUUUGUAGUGAACAAGCCAGCAUGCUGAUUGGCUGUUUCUUUCAGUGAAUGGUGUUUUAUGAUUAAUUUUUUACCACUUCUACAAGUUCAUGACUUAAUCAUGUAAAGAUGUUGCAUCGUUUAGCGUACACUGUAAAUUCUUAAUCAUUUCUGAUUAAAACGUAGCAUCAGAUAUCAUACAUAAAACAAACACACAGCUGCUGUUAUGACACAACAACCAAGGAAGUGUCUACUUAGGAGAUGUCUACUGUGAAAACAAGACUCAUUAACGCCCACUGAGCACUUUAAACUAAACUGCAGAUGUGGCCGUCUGUCUUUAGACAAGUUUCUCUGUGGCUCUGAGGUUACCUGAGUGCAUGUCGCAGCCUGGUGUGUAUUAUCUAAUGAAAAACGCUGUACUUUGCGCUUCUAUUCUCCGCUCAGCUUUCAGUUUUUUUUCCUCCUCGGGGGUAGGUCGGCCUCACUGCAUUAAAGCAUGUGCAGAGUCAGCAUCUAUUGUUGUACCUUUUAAUUACACGAAUCCUUAAGUUGCGCUGAAGCUCAGGGUCAGAUUCUUUAUUUAGGAGGCAGACGUUGUGGUAAGGAAUUUGUCUGAGUGAAGUUCUUUGCAUUUCAAACAUAAUUACAGCAAAUUAGAGAACAGCACAUAGACACACAUAUGAAAGCAGCACUUUCACAGCAGGAACUCUCUCCGGGGACAAAGGACUUUCUGAAUGACUUAGUCAGUUUCCGCCUCAGGGACUGGGGGUCAAAAUUAAAUCACAGGGAGGACUUACCCUCAGUGAGCAAAGGGGCUUCCAGGGAUGGCCAUUUCGGGUUGAUUUAAAAGACUGGGUGAGUCCUGGCAUACUCUCAGAAAAAAGUGCAAGUCAACUUAAUUCAACAUCAAUAAGUUUAAUAUUUAAAGAAGCUGAGAGUGAAUGGAAUAUAAAAAGAAAACAUCCUAUCCUGACGCGGAGUCAUGGGUGAUUUAUUCGUAAGUUAAAGUGGGUGUUUCCUCUAAAACUAUGGAGGCCUUAAAGGGACAUUGAACAGGCUGGAGGAACCUUUUAGUCACCUUUUAAAAUAAGUUAUUGUCAGCUUUAGCCUUCCUCUCCUCUGUGUUAUCUCACCUAUGACUGUAUACUGUAGAUGUGAUGUUCCACUCUGUAGGUAUAAUGAGAUCUUUUUAUGUAGCUCACUUCUGCUCUGGUCAAAGUCUGCUUGUUGGCCCUGCAGCUGUCGAGUUUAAGGUGUGGCUCUCCGGCUUUGCCUUUUGUCCACCUGUUGCUCAAAGUGUGCUCGGCGAUCAUAGGAAAGUACACAAUACAUUUGCCUUCGCUUUGAAUCUCUGGGCUGCGGUUGUGUGACGUGCCGUGUUGUUGUUUCGCAGGCACUCAUGCUUUCGUGUUUGCAGAGGGAUCAUGGGAAAAGAGACCAGUUUAGAUGACCCUACAGGAAGAAACUGCAUUUCUACAAUACUAUUAUUGUGUAAUGAUGCCUCGUCCAUUCAACGGAGAGAGAUAAGUGAGGGCUUUUCUCACGUGUCAUUACAUAAACAUGAGGCAUCAUUUAUGAGAGCCAUAAAGUCAUGUCACACUCACGUGACGUCACUUCUAGGUGGAUCAAGAGGAUUUAAAUUAACGUCAUUAUCUUCAUAGUAUUCGUGUAACAACACACACCCUAAUCCAGUUAAACAGCUCCCUGUAUCCUACCUGUAAAACCCUCAUAAUAGACAGCUACUGGUUUUGCUUAACUAGACUCCAGCAUAUGAAGUUAGAAUGUUACUAUACCAAAAGAUAAUCAAAUAAUAAUGAGAAUAAUCAGUUUAUGUUAAAAAUAAAAUCAUUUAAAAGUCUAGGAUCUGACAGUUUCACAUGUUUUGCUGCUUUGUCACACAUUUUACCAUCAAUCUAAGGACUUUUACUUCACCGAAGAGUGCACAAUAUUAUCAUUAUGGUAUCUGUAUUAGCUUACAACAUCUUCAAAAGUUUGUUAUUCUUACCAGCAGCUAUGAAACUCCCAAAGUUAUGUACAGGGAAUAAGGUGUCUUGUUAAUUAUACACAGACAAUUUAUGUACAAGAGGUUUUGGUAGGUGAGUCUUUCCUCUCUCUGAUUGGCCAGACACCACACAGCUGAUUACCUGUUAACUCCUGUAUUUGAUCAUCAAACAUUUGCCAAAAGCACCAAACCAAAUUUCUGUGUAGAGUUUGUGAUAUCCCAGAUUUGAAUUAUCAGUUAUCUAUCUUAUAAACUACCUAUAAUCAGUAUUUGUAUCGGCCCAGAAAAACCAAUACUGGUCACCUUCUAGUUUGAAAAUAUUGACAUUUUUGAUAUCCGCAAAUUUCCUUAGACAUCGGCCUUAUUUUACUCGCCUUACUUGUUCGGUCUCUACCUGACUUAAUCCUUUUUAUGUAUCCAUUCAAACUGUAGCGACUUUCCUUCAACAAAAAAGGCCCCUGGGGUUUAGGUUCAGCCCAGUUUGCUUGUUAAACAAGUGGUUUAUUGUUCAAAAAGGAAAAGAAAACACACUGAUCCAGCUCCAAAACUUUUGCCUUCGAAUGAAAAAGUUACAAGAUGAAAUGAGGUUAAAACCGGAUGAAUGAAACGGGGAAAACGAUUAAAAAAACGGUCUGACGACACCGGUGAGAUCUAAAUAACCCGCCAAACAUCCCAAAACCUCACCCCUCAGUGACGUUUCUGAGAAGUGACGUACCUCGUAGAAAUCAUACUUCAACAAAUAUAUUUUGGCAAUACUUGCAAGUUGCUGUCACACAACUUAGCAAGAAUAUAACACUAUUAAACCAUAUACAAGCUUUAUAUAUGUGACUGACAGUUCAGUUGAGCUGAGUGCCCUGAGUACCCUUGAAAACCCAGCUGUUAAACCUCUGAGAGUUGUUAAGUCCCAUUGGACAGCUCUGAUUUUCAAACAAGGAUGUGCAAAGUAAUUAUCCAUUCAGCAACAAUCUCCGCUUUGUUUUUGCUCCAGUUUAGUAAUUCACAUUAAUCUGUUACCAAGCAGGUUACUCCAUCAAUCAUAAUCUGCUUGUUUGAUUUUUCUUUCUGUCUUUAAAAUCACUCAACAUCCUCUGUGAAGUCUUCUUCAGAGGGAAAGUGAUCCCUGAAGACGUGAAGUUUCCUCAUCCUUUCUCUUUCAACUACAUGAUGAUGAGUGGGAGCAAUUUGCAUGAGAAGUAGGCGGGUUUUCGCCGAUGUACAUUCUUUUGUCCCCACUAAAAUCUUCAGUGUUUUAUCGAACCGAGAUAAAACCACAAUCAUCUUCUACAUGACCCAGAAAAUAGCAAACAGGACCAAUUAGAUCAUAUUUGUGCCGGAGCAGACACUCUGAGUAAUCCUCCAACAUGUUCUCAGUGAAUGUGUGAUCACGUGUUCUUGCUUUGUCACACAUGUGGUCAGAAUAAGCAUCAGCUGUUCCUGUGUGACUGUGUGAAUGCCAAAAGAUACGAGUUCAUUGCUAAAAGGAUGUGUACAGAAACUGCAGAAACAGACACCCAGGUGUGUGUGUGUGAGUGUGACCGGACCAAGUCUGUUCUAAUAGGGAUUUAAGUGGUUGUUUACCAUCAGGGAUGUAGAGGAGUGCAUUGCCAUGGUGCUGCAUCUUGUGAGACAACAACUGUGUCCCUGAGGAUGGAUGUGACGAUGGAGUCCAAACAACUCUGGCUGAAAAGAGAGGAAACCUGUACUUGUUUUUGGAGGAGUGUUGGAUCCCUGGUUGUUACAGACUAGUACCUGUUUUUACCGAGACAAGUCAGUGCAUCAUUCAACGAACACAUGCACACACACAUGCUCUGUUACUGAUAGUUUGAUCCCAAUGGUUAUAUUUUACUUGAUACAAUCACAGUAAGAUCACCAGUUAAACUAGACUAACUUACUCACUGUAUUUCUGUUUCUUGAAGGACUUUGAGAUGCAUUUGAUCCAAUCCUCAGAGAAAAGACACAUGUCACAAGCAGGGGUGUUUAAUGUAGAGAUGCACCGAUCCAUUUUUUGUCCGAUCAAAUCCGAUACCUGGGCUGAGCGUAUCGACCGAUAUCCAACACCGAUCCAAUACUACUGUUGAAUGAAUGAACUGUAUACCUUGCCCUGUGAGUGAAGGCAUUAAAAAAAAAACAAAAAAAACAAGGUAACAAACUAACACAGAUAUAAAUUAAAUUAAUGUUAUUGAUUAACAAAUAACAAAUUCAGUCAGUCAGUUCUGUCAGAUUAAAUAAACAGAUACUCCAAUUAAUGCAAUGUGAAGUGAAACUGUUCCCUGUCGUUGUGGGAGUGUUUUAGGUAGUAAAUUAAGCUUUUUGCUUCAUGCUUGUACAGGGUUCAGCAUUUGGAGCAGAUAGAGAGGAGUGGAGUGAAGUGAAGAGAGCGAGAAGUUGAAGGUCUCAGAAAAGUGAGGAUGAUGAAGGGAGGACAGAAGAAGGUGAAGAAAGAGAAAACAGUUCAGUGGAGCUUUUGCCAGAAAAUCAGGCCUAUGGUCUGAGGUCCGAGAAGCUUACCAGUCAACAGAGACACACAGUAAACAGGGAUGAAGAAAGAUCAAGAAGAUGAAUUUUAAUGAGGCCCAGAAUCCCCCGGCCACACCCCAGCUCUGAAGCGUGCUCUGGUCAGGUUAGUUUUUAAGCUUCGAUGAGACAAAGUUAAACCAUCAAACUCACAAGGGUGUAAGUUCAAGCAGAGUACACUUUAGGGAUUAGCCACCUUUGCCUGACAUGUUGUUACCAUGGCGACCUCUCAGCUGGGAUAGAGGCGUAGCAAUGAGUAUUUAACCUUUCUUUCAAAUAUAGGUACUUCAGAGACUAAAGAACGAGAGUCUCCAAAGAGGCUGGCUGAAAACAGAGAAGGUACAUCACAGUGGCUGUCGAGGUGUACGAGAUGAACUCCUUAUCCUGCGUACUUGAGUCUGAAGUAUCUUCACUGAAGUCCACUCUGCAUAUAUGACCUCGGAUUGCAUUGUACCCUUACAGCUUUCUAACAAGCUGCAUUUACACUUAAAACUUUAAAUUCUCUUUAAACUUUUGCAUCCAGCACUUAAUUUCUCCAUCCAGGUUCACACAGCUUUAUACCGUCUUAAUGAAAUCUAUAAAUCCUGCUCGAGUUUUUAAUUCUCAUUCAGGAGCUCUUUAAUAAGCUCCGUUUCCCUGAGCCAUGUCCAUAAACUAGCCUCCAGUUAUGUUUCUGCAGAAUCUCACAUCCGCAGUUAGGUAAAUGAUUACUCCGGCUGUAAUGCUGAUGGAUGUGAUAUCCUGUUGAACGCUGAGCCACGCCACAAAACACACAGCUUACAUCAGCAUUCCCUGUUAACUACGCAAAACACCAGGUGCAGAUAUAACAGCUUAUAGGGAAUUAUCUUAUCAUACUCUCUAUUAUUAAACUCUUGCUCUAUCCCUACAUAAUCUUCUCUUUAAGCUCUUAUACUUUUUAUUUAAUCUUUCCAACCUUGUUUCAUUGUUUAAGGGGCUGAAUGAUCAGGGCUUGCCAAAGAAGCAGGUUUCCAGAGCUUUUUGUUAACGUCGUCCCAGGGCAGGACAGAAGGAAACCUCAUUAAAGGCAGGAGAAGGUGUCUCUGUAGAGAAUAUGUGUGGAGAUUUCUAAGAUGCAAGUGACUCAAACCGUCAUACAACGCAGAUCCUAAAUAAAGUGGGGAGUGUGUUAAAGAGCAGAUAAGUGAAAGAAGUGCAAUAAUAAGAAAGACAAUAAAACAGUACAACAAGAAAAUUACUCUGUAGGAACAUCUUUUUAAAUUGUUUGGAGAGGAAGAGAUUUAACACUCUGAGAGAGACUGGGUGAGGAAAUAGUUCUGCAAUUUCAGAAUAAUGUUCCUCAGUGUAAGAUUACAAAGGAUUUAGAGAUUUCAUCAUUCACAGCAUUAAAUAAUUAAAGGUUUAGAAAAUCUGAAAAGAUUUCUGUACAAAAAGGAAAAGGCCAAAAACCAUCACUGGAUGGGUGUACUCUUUUGAAGCAAGUGGCAUUAAAAACAGACAUGACUCUGUAGUGGAGGUCACUGCUUGGGCUCAAAACCACUUCCAUAGCACAGUUUGUCGCUGCAUCCGGAAAUGCAGGUCAAAGAGGAAACCGUGCGUGAACACGAUCUAGAAAUGCUGCCAACUUCUCUGAUGGGAUCUGAUGACUCAAUAUUUGACAGCGGAGGAACCACUCGACUUCAUUAACAUUUUACACACUGUCCAAACUUUUUUAGGAUACCCACUUGAUCAACCUCUUUGACAUUUAUAUUAAACACAGACAGGAAUCCCGUGUGAACAUUUAUGUUGCAGAAAGUUGGCCAGAGGAAAGGAACUGCUCUGUAUGAACUACCGUACAUAACUACUCCUUUGGUGCAUGAGAAGCUCUGCCAAUAACAGAGAGCUUGUUUAUUCAUUUUCACAAUAGAAGGAAAGUAAAACUUGCCUCACAGUGUACUCUCACACUUUAACAUGAAGUGGAGGACGAGUACCGAGUAGAAAAUAAGGAAUUACUCUAACAAGCACAAAUACUUCAAAAGUGCAGAGGAGGACGUGGUAAAAGUACUCCGUUUCAUUCCCCCACUUUGUUGUGAUGAAUAAGGCUGAAGUGAAAGUGCGCUGUGAUUAAUCCAGCAAUCAUCUGUUGAGCUGAGUCAGAUGGAUCGUGACACAUCUCAUCUCAUUAUCGGCGCAGUGUCCAAACGAGGGGUUAAACAGUCACCUCAUAUGUUGAACAUUUGGCCUGGGAAGUUGACACCACAGAAGUUUGCAGUCCCCCUCCUCUGAGAGUGGAUUUGACAGUGAAGUGAAGGGAAUGUCUUGAAUCCCAUCAUUUUUAUUAUGAAAUGAAAAUAUCUGUCAAAUAAAGAAAACGGACCGAGCUUUGUGCCCGGUGUGCUCUGCUAGGCUGAGGUUGUUGACAGCUGUGAGAUUUACAAGUGUUUGUGGUUGAGUCUGCAAACUCACCCAAUAUUACUUUAAAACCACCCUGGCUAUUGAUGUCUUUUACAAGCACAUCCACACACAGAUAACCCUUAAAGGUGGGGUAGGCAAGAUCUGAGGAAGUGCCAGUUUUUGGGGCGAAAUCUUGAAUGUAAACUCUACCCCUCCCAGCCAGUUUUCCCCUCAGCUCCUCUUCUCUCCUCCCUCUCUGCUCCAGCAAACCCCGCCCACAAACAGACGCUCCUGCUCGCUCGUAUCGUUCCAAUUAAAUUCAGAUAUAAAAUACUUAAAAUAAUUACAAAGUCAAUGUGAAAGUAAAAAGCAUUUGUGCUACUGUAGAUGUCAACAGACUACCAGCAAGCACAAUCUUUGCAGGACUUCUACAACUAGGAUAAAGUGACAUAGUCCAGGACCCGAGGUCAACAGUUUAGCGGCGCUACAACACACAGCAGGUCCCGUUUGACAAGAAACACUUCUGUUACAGACACUUGGCUUACUUUGUUAAAGCGGUUUACCUGUCCAGCAGAAAUUUUUAUUGUUUAUGCUAGCUUCAUUGUCCUGGCUUUUUACCGCUUGUCCGGUCUACCUCCUUUUUAAGCGCCUGUUAUUCCGCCAGAGUCUCCGGUAUUUACUUCGUUUUCUCGCUUGUGUAGGCAGUCGUGGUCAAAGGAGGAUUCAGACGAUUUUCUGUACUUUCUGGUUGGUUUCUACUGUCCAAUAUUGUAGCACACUAACUUUGUUUGGGCACACGAGGGAGCAACGUCCGCCUCAUAACCAAUCAGGUCGGGAAGGUGGAGAACAGCUUUGUUUACAGUCAGAAAGAGCGGACCGUUUUAAAAAAUUUAAAAUGUUGACUACACAGACAUAAGAGAACACAGCGAUAUCGUUAUAUUACUAAAUAUCAUCAAUAACUAAUAGCUAUUGACUGAUAUUAAAACCUUUUUUGUAUAUACACCACAAAAAAAGAUGCUUCUUUAACGGAGUCCUGCCUAACCUACCUUUUAAAGUGUUGAUAAAUAAUUCAGAUUUCACAUAUCUUGAAGUUUUAAAUGUUAGGGUUUUAAUUUAACACUUGUACUGUCUACAACAAAUGUCUGUAUUAUUUUUGGCCAAAAAAAAACAUUUUCAUUGGGGUCAGAAAUAUGUUAACCAUCAUGCUGAGGAUUCAGAGACAAACUGUGUUGACAGACUUUGAGCCCAUGUGAUGACUUCCACUACAGAGUCUUGUCAAAAAAAACAAGAAACAUUUGAAAACAGUAACAAAUUUAAUAUACCAUGUACCACUAGCAUAAGGAGUAGAGAACUCAGUCAACAGGCACAGUUUAGAACUGGAAGGAUUUGAAAUGUCCAAUUAAAGGUUGCUAGAUUUUACACAAUUUUCCUCUACGGUUUCUAAGAGAUUAUAUAUAUAUUUUAUGUACUCUGAUAUAAAGACACGGCAUCCUUUAUCCGUCUAGUUUUCUAGUGCAUCAAACUGGCACGCCUUCCCAGUAAAGUGAGAAAAGCUGCAAGGUCAGCAAAGUGGGAGAGUAGUAGGUGGUCAGCGGGCAGAACACCAAACAGGCCAGCGAGAGGUGAGGGCUGGAUGUUGGCGGCUGUGAAUCAGACGCUGAUCUCCAGCACGGUAAUAGUGCAGGACAGGUUUGUCUUGUCUGUUUUUAAUGCAGUGUGUGUGUGAGAGGGCCUGCAGAUCACAAUCAACCAGGAUCAGUUUUCAGCUUUGUCACUUUGUAAUAAAGAGCCUCAGAGUCUUUUGUGAUAACUUGUUGCAGAUUAGCCUAAUUAUCAUCAUGUUUAAAUGAAGCAUAUUUUCCAUAAAUGUUCAACUUUUUCAGUUUUUAUUGUCAAUGCACCAUUUUUUGCACCAAAAUUGGUUUGUAUGAUUUUAUUGUGUGAAUAAAUUUUCAAACAAGUCAUCAGUAUGCACAGAUUUCACCCGCUAGAUAGAGGUCUGGGUACAACAGCGGUGCUUUCACACCAUUUUGAUGGACUCAAAUGAAGCUCUGGUUGGAUAUAAGCCACCCUAUGAUUAACUGCUGUCACUUCUGUGGAUUCGGGAGAACAUGAUGCUCACACAGGUGUUGUGUGAAACAUUAAGAGCAGCAGGCAGACACAGAAACUGCGAGUUGUAGCUUAUGUGCGCUCUUUUAUUUGAGUCAGUUUAUCAUGCUCCAUGUCAUUUGUGCAGAAUUGAACAAUGCACGUCACGUGUUUUUCUGAUAUUGUGCAGGUUGAAUAUAAUGAUGGUGGCACUUGUUUUAGCUUUAAACUAAUCUAGAACCACUUUUCUCUCCUUAAAGCUUGAACCCAUGAAUAACUCGAAUGUCUUGGGUGACGCUGAACAGAUUGCAGCGCCUCUCUCCUUUCACUUGCCCUUUUCCCGUGAAGUUAUCAAGGUUCGGGUGAGUGUGGCGCAGGCUGUGGGAGGUUUAGUAUCUGCUGUUGUGAGUCAGGUCGUGGAUAGGAGAGGCAGUCGCCGCAGUGUGUGACGCUGCCUCUUUUCCCCCCCGGUGGCGUGAACACACUGCGGCUGUCAGCCCAGCAGGAGGAGAGGAGUGCUGAGUGCUGCCUGCGUCGCACACAAGCGGCUUAAUGUAGUCAGCAGCCUUGGUAACGCGGUGUAGGCGUCCGCUGCUGUUCCUCCCACUCGCUCUUGGGUAAUGCCCUGGCCUGGGAGGGUGGGGAGGAGGCAUGCGAUGGGGGUCUGUAAUGGAAAAAGAAUGGAAGAGAGCCAUCAAUUCAGCUACAGUACGCCCCUCUCUGCCUCCACUUCUACUCCACGCUCCCUCUCUCUCUGCCCUGCUCCUCUAGUGGCCUCCCCUUCAUUAUAAUCCCAUUCUUUUAUAGUCUGGUAACCCACGGCAACGCAGAAGGCCUUGUCUGCUAAUGUGUGUGUGUGAUCAGCGCCUGUUGGUACACAAAGAAAAAAGGCCCAAACAAGGGAGGCCUCGGCUGCCAGAGCCUGAUUGGUGCACAAAGGUCAUCCCCCUGAUGGACCAGCACCAAUCAGUCCCGGAAGUCAGCCGCUAAAUCCCGGUUUGGUAUUUCUUGUUCUUUGGUAUUUCUGAAAGCCGAUUUCACAAUAGACGUAGUCGCUCUGAGUAAAUAUAAAUGAAGGUAGAAUUUAAUAAUAGCUGCUCUGUCUGUCGAGGUGAGUGCGAGAGGAAUAAAUGAUUCACAUCCUCCUGUCUCCUCCUCCUCCUCCUCUUCCUGGGUUUCACCGUCCAGUCUCUGUUUAAAGCCCCGUUAAAUCAGUCCGCUGGUGUAUCGAGUUCCUGCUGAUCACAUUUCCUUCUCUCUGUGCUGCCAAGACUCGGCAGGCCGCCACAAGGUGCGAGGCCAGAUUUAAAAACCCCUGGCACAGGAGGAAAAGUAAUUUCCCCCCCUCCUCUGCUUCGUCAGAGUCCCGUUUGGACUCUGUUGUUAGGAUGCACAGACACAUCACACUCUGAUGACUCUGCAGAGUUGGAAGAGGACACAACUGCAUAAAUAACUGCAGCAGGAUCUCUCUGAUGAUAUUUGUGUUAAACAUACAGAGGCAGCGCUCCGUUAUCUUCUCUCAAACGGUUUUAUUUCUGAUUCUGGCUCAGCUUUCAGGCUGUGACUCAAAACAGGGAUUGUGUUUUGGUUGGGUUUCAAAUAUGCAGGCAUACCUGGAGUUUUCCUCUACAGUAAAGCCUCUUUGGACACUUUCCUUCAGUAAGAUGAACAAUUAACAGCAUGCCGUCUUUGUGCUGAGUGCGCAUUAUGAAACAUUUUCACAGCUGAGAGUAUGUCCAAAAACUUUGAGUAUUUUUUUCUUUUAUGUUCUCUUUGUUGUACACUAAAUCUUCUUGUCUGUGUGUGUACAGAUCCUUUUCUGCACUCUCAACACCCACAAGAUUGACAUGGACAAGCUGCUGGGGGGCCAGAUCGGCCUCGAGGAUUUUAUCUUCGCCCACAUUAAAGGGAUCAAGAAGGAGGUAGAAAUUCACAAAUCCGAAGACGCUCUGGGCCUCACCAUCACCGACAACGGCGCGGGAUACGCGUUCAUCAAGGUAGGAAGACAAAAAAACACUCUACCUGGUACGACGCAACAGUCACAGUUAAAUAUUUUUAUCUUAGGCACUGGUGCUCGUUCUUGGCAAACACCUAGAUAUACAAACAUGGUGAAACUAAGGAUUGGAUCAAAAACAAAAUAGUCCCUCAGUUUUGGUGGCGCUUCCAUGGAAACAGUAUUCUUAUCAGCCCACCUUAUAUCUUCACUCGUGUUGAGGUUUCAAACAUAAACAGGUUUUUGUUUGCACCAGUAUCGACUCUUUUCUUUUCUAUUCAGUCAAACGGCUCUCGAUUUAGCCGUUUGUUGUUGCUUCAUGUCUGUUUUCUUCAAUUUGGUUGAUGUCCUCUCAGCUGAUUUUAAGGGUUGUGCGCGAUCAGGAUGUUCCAACCGCUGCCCUCACUAUUCAGAGUUAAUAAUUUUAGCUGAGAGGCUUCUGACCAAUCGGAAUACAGGCGAGUUUAUUUAUACAGCCCAUUUCAGCAACAAGGAAAUUCAAAGUACCUCAUAUAGAAGACGUCAUAAUAAACAUACUGAGAGAAAACAUUUAAAAUUCAUUAAAACAAAUCCUUCAAAAUUAAAGCAAGGACAAUAGAAUAAAAAGAAGGUUAAAUUACGGUUAAAAAAGACAGGUUUACAAUCAUAAUAAUAAUAAUAAUAAAGCUGUAAACAGGUGAGUCUUCAACUUAAAUUUAAACAAACUGUGAGUCUCAGCAGACCUGACAUUUUCUAGUAGUUUAUUUCAGGUAUUUGAAGGUAUUAUGAAAGAAGAAUUUAACACAAUCAAGAGAUGAAGCCUGCAGAGAGUUUAGAUCGAAACAAGAAGAAAACUGGAUUAUAUUGACUGUGUUUUACAUUCAGCCUUAGUUGUGUUGAAACAGAGUCUUAUAUUCCUCCCAUAUUUGUUGCAACUUGCAAUCGUUUUCUGUGGUUUAGCAGAUCUGGUACUAACUGAUUUUAAAAGCUUGAAAAAUAUAAUUUUCUUUAAGUGAUUUCUAUACCACUCCUGAUUAAAAAAGGGUUAUUUUUGCUCUGUAAGCUGUAACAGAAAAACAAGAAUAUGAAAGCCUGCUGACAAAGUCAUAAAAGCUGCUUCCAUCAUAAUAAAAAAGGAUCAUUUCAGCUGGUAUGUUUCCUCUUACUGAGCUUAAAUCUCCGCAGUCACCUUUUCUCCUGUGAAACAAAGUGCUCACGUGUGCCAUCAUGUGACGCCUGAACAGCACUGCACUCCGGCCCUCUGACAGGGUUUCUGACACACUGAUGUGCUGUGAUGCUGCUGUUCAACAUGAACUGUUAAAGCUAAGAAACCAAAACUGCAUAAAGACAUCAGUAUUUAUGGAGUGAUUCAAACUUAGACUGUCUUUGAGCCUUUUGCGUUGUUAUUUGUUGACCUGCAAGCUUUAAGGAGUGAAAUUUAAAUGCCAAAUGUUGUUUAAUUUAUUUGUUUAUUGAAUUUUAUUUUUUAAAAGCUGUUAUCGUCUUUUUUUCUGAGCUUUAAAAACAAGAGGGAGUCAUCUUCUGGUGUAACAUAAUGACAGAGUAAAUACUAAAGGCCCCUUUAGUCUUGCCUGAAAUGUUUUGUACACACGCACUCUCUGUGUUUGCUGUCAUGUCUUUUUUUUCUUCUUCUUGCUCUUGGAGCUCCUUCAGGAAGAACGUUUUUGUGUGCUGUUUGUCUUUAUUUCCCGUCUUCUAAUUAUAUUUGUCACCGACUUCUCUGGCAGCGCAUCAAAGAGGGCAGCGUGGUGGACGGAGUGAAGGUCAUCUGCGUGGGCGACCACGUGGAGUGCAUCAACGGGAAGAACAUCGUAGGGACGCGGCAUUUCGAGGUGGCGCGCAUGCUGAAAGAGCUUCCCAGAGACAAGACCUUCACCCUCAAACUAGUCGAGCCCAUGAAAGCCUUCGGUGAGUGCAGGACGAGUGUAGGUGCUGUAAAAGACGGGUUAUAUAACUGACCCACUCUGAAAGGACGAGACGAUCACCUUCAGGUUUAGCAUAUGACAAAGAAACGUUUGCAGCAGCGUGUUCUCAGCAGGCGAGCCCGGACAGCGGGGGACAGAGGAUCAGUUUGUGCUUUUACAGCUUCAUUAGCAUAAAGAAGAACACUCAAAUCAGUGUUCUUGAAAAGGGUCAAAUCAUACCUGAGUGAGACAGCUCUGCUCUUCCCUCCAGGAUUAUGAAUACCCUUAAUCAACCAUGAUUGUUAAGCAUACAGAGAUAGAAAAACCUCGACUUUCUAUGAUGUGUUUUUCCAUCUGAUUGACAGAAAUGCUCGAGCCCAGGUCAAAGGGUGCCAAACCAGCUGGUGACAACAAGAUCACUAACGGGAAGGGGACUCUGAGACUUCGCUCGAAGGGCCCAGCAACUGUGGAAGACGAGGUGAGUUUCAUCAUUCAGCAAUACUUAAAGGGAUAUUCCGGCGAAAAAUUAAGUUAGGGUAAACACACGAGAGACACAUCUACACUCGAGAGAUGAAGGUUGCUGACCGCUUGCUUCUCUAGUUAAACCAACUUUAGUAACGACCGCACGAUAGCAAUACACAGCGGUCUGAGGAGCCAUAAACAAACCUGAACCAAAAAGCCACUCUAUAGCCACAAAUAAUGCUCAGAACAGCACCUAACUUCAUCAACAGUACAUAUAGGGUCCUAGCCUUUUUAGCUUUGCCUAAUUUCUUUAGCAAAGAGAUUAAACACAACUCACCUACUCUCUUCCAGCAGCCGCUUGUUUGUAGCGAGACCUCGGGCCAGUCCAUUACGGACUACAGCGGGGUGACGCAGCUCAAGGAAGAACAUUUAUGAUCAUUUCUUUAUGCUGUGUAUUGCUAUCCUGUGGUCAUUACUAAAGUUGGUUUAACUAGAGAAGCAAGCGGUCGGCAACAUUCAUCUCUCAAGGGGGUGUCUAACUCGGUGUUACGGUGUGUUUGACCCUAAAUUAAUUUUACGCCGGAAUACCCCUUUAAACUAUGGCGUCUGCUGGCUCCAUUUCUUCUUCAUCUCUAUUGAGGAUCCCUAUAAAUGAUAAGAAACGAACCGAAACAUUAACAAAAGAGAGAGGGCAAACUAGUCCCCGCAGCCCUGCAUUCUUAGGUAAUCCACAGACUUUUAUCUUCGUCUGUUAUCCCUCCAAAUGUAAAAGAAAGAACCGCUGUGAGCAUGCUCGCCUAAACUGCAACACCCCGUGGAGUGAUCUGCAGGAAUACAGCACAAAAAAAACAGAGAAACUGGAUCAUAACAACGGAGGUGUUUGUGUUUUCCAGCCAACAGAAUUCGAGGAGAAGGCGGUUCAGAAAGUGGACGACCUCCUGGAGAGCUACAUGGGCAUCAGAGACACUGAACUCGGUGAGCAACAAUUCAAGUAUCAGAGAUGUUCAACAGCCCACAUGAAUGAGGCUGCCUGUGUAUUAUGACUAUAGUAAUGUUAAUUUUCCUAAAGCAGAGUAAAACACCCUGUAAUAUGACCCGCAGGAUCAUUUUAGACCUCUUAGUACGAAAAUCCCGUAUGUGCUUUGAUUAUCUGCAAUACAUCACAGGUGUAGGAGUCAUUUCUAGCCUCUAAUGAUCAAUCACACCUGAUUAAUCCAGGUGUGACUGAUCAUUGUGAUUACUCCGACACACCUGGAUUAAUCAGUUUGUCCAAUAAUGUGCACAGAGCCUCUAAUUAAGCAGGUCUCCUUGGGCUGCAGCUUCAUGUCAUAGUUAUUAAAUGUUAAAUGUCAAUAUCAGAGCAGAAAGAAAAUUUUUCAUCCUGGCCUUUUCAUUGUGAAUUUGGAGCAGAUCACCGGGUUGUUUUCAUGUCCAAUUUCAGCCCAAAAGCUUUGGCCUCAGUUAACCCUGUCUGUGACCUCAGUCUGUAUGCUAAUCCAUGAUUUAGUCACAUUGCAUUCCCGACCAAAAACCCCUGUGAGAAAAAUGUCAGCACAAGUGGAUAAGACGUUAGCAGCACUGAGGCCUCGCUCUAAGGAGGGCCUGGAUUUUCACUUUGUAUUAGGACGGAUAAAAUGCCGAUCAUGAAUCUUCUUGAAGAACCCAGUGAGCAUUUUUUGGUCUAAAAGAGGUCUAAUAGACGUCUAAAUGCAGCCGAGAUGACUGGUCUAAAAUCAGGCUACCACAGGUCUAAAAAUGAACGUUUUUUUAGAUGUCUAAAUUAGGACCAAGUCUAAAUCUGAGAUAUAUCUAUACUACACUUUAUAUUGCUCAGUGGCUAUCAUAAUUGAUAAAAUUACACAGAAUCUAGAUGGUUGAAAUUAGGUCUUUAAAAAAACUAGACUCAUCCCUCUUCUGUUGCAUGCACAGUUUGUGAUUUAUCAGCUGACAUGCAUCAUAGAAGUUUAUCAUACAGAAUAGACCAUAGGAACGUUUUGGACACUCACUUUCAGAGGGUCUCUAAUUUGAUUAAAACACCAGUGAGAUCUUCCUCUGUUCCUAUUCUAGCUGCGACGAUGGUCGAGGUCGGCCGCGACAAGAAGAACCCUGAUGAAUUCGCCAUGGCGUUGGACGAGACCCUUGGAGACUUCGCCUUCCCCGACGAGUUUGUAUUUGACGUCUGGGGCGCCAUCGGAGACGCCAAGCAGGGAAGGGUUUAA